GCUGCUUUGCUUUGCACACUAGAACUCCCCGAAGAAGUGUGCCUGCCUCUGCCAGUGCCUCUGCCAGUCAGCAACCAGGUCGGAGGCCUUGCAUAGCUGUCCUGCAACAGCCAAGUGGUGGCAGCUUCCUUCUGUGCUCUAUUUGUGGCUGUGAAAAGGAGAGGCCCUCCUCUCCUCUAGAUUUGAACUGAAACAAAAAUCCCAGCCUUCAUCAUGGGAGGUAUCUGGCUGGUUGGAUUGAUGGUACUUUUGUACGCCUGGUUUCCCAAGGCUGCUGCUCAGAAUCUCAUAAAAAACCCCAGGGACCAGAAAACAGAGCAUACCCUCUUGAUUAAUGAAGUAAAUGCUGAUAGCCCAGGAGAGGACACUUCUGAGUUUGUGGAGCUCUAUCACACCAGCGGUCAAACAGCCCGCUUGGAUGGCUACUAUCUGGUCUUCUACAAUGGCAAUGGAAACCGAGCCUACAAAGUUUUAAACCUCCAGGGCAAAGUUACUAACGGCCAAGGGCUCUUUCUCGUUGGCUCCUCUUCUGUGAACCCUGCUAUAGUUAUUCCUAAGAACACUAUCCAGAAUGGUCCUGACGCAAUUGCUCUCUAUUAUGGAAAAGGGAACUACAAGGAGGGCAUGAGUGUCACAAGCUAUGGACUAGUAGAUGCCUUGGUCCAUAAGACUAAGAAGACAGACAGAGCAGAUACGCUGGUCAGGGUACUGACCCCUGGCAGAGAUGCCUUCCUGGAGGACUCCACCUUCAGGACCAUGGAUGAGUCAAUAGAAAGGUGCCGUGGGGCAGAUUCUCAGUGGAUCUUCCAAGUGGCCAUGCCCACCCCAGGCACAGACAACCACUGCAUCCUAACUUCUCAGCUGAACGCAUCUGCUGUCCUGAUCAGUGAGGUCCUUGCUGCCUCUUCUUCUGAAGAGUUCGAGUUCGUAGAGCUUCAGGGUCCCCACUCCACCAUGCUGAGGGACAUUGUUCUGGUGCUGAUCGAUGGUCGGACCAAAGACAUUUAUUUCACCAUGGACGUUUACGGCAAAACCUCACUGGAUGGGCUACUUCUGAUCGGUCCAGCACAAAGCAAAACCCCAGUGGAUCUGCCGUUCCCAGAGAACAUCACCCGUCCUGUCCUCAGAGGUGGCCCCAAUGCCAUUGCCCUCUACAGAGGCAACAGCAGCAGUUUUGACCUGGGGAAGGCACUGCCAGUGACCGGUCUGUUGGAUGCCUUCGUGUACACAAGCAACGAGGAACCGAACCCUGAGCUGCUGGAAAUCCUGACCCCUGGCAGACCUGCCUAUGAGGAAAAGCGGCACCAGCUGGGACAUGUGUCCAUGAGCCAGUGCAAUUGCUGCUCUGUGACCCGGGACUCCUUGUCCUACGUCCUCAGCAGGCCCACCCCUGGCAAGUUCAAUGAUUGCCCCAGCAAACGCUUCAGCCAGACUCUCUCCUUCUGCCUUCAUGUAGCAGAUUGCCAGGAGUGGCUCCUGAAGUCAGAAGAGAUUCUCAUGACUCUGGUCCAGGCCCUCGAUGGAUCCUGCAGCUGUGGAGUCUCUGCUGCCUACUUCAAAGAGCCAAAGGCAGCCUGCCAGGACCUGGGGCUUGUGUUCACCACUCUGCUAACUGCUAAGUCAGAGGACCAGCUGAGCAGCCUGCUGCUAGCCUUCAAGACCUUCCUAGAGACGCCCAGACUUGUGAGUUUUGACAGAAGGAACAUCACAGCAGAAAGCUCCUGCUUCAAGGAUAUUAAUGUGCCAGACUUGCCUCCAGGUGUCCCAUCAGAGAUACCAGAAGGGACUCAAGAGCCUUCUGUGCAAGUGGCCGAGCUACUCAUCAACGAGGUGAACCCAGACAACCCAGGGGGAGGAGAGGAUGCAGAGUACAUCGAACUCUUCUACACUGGACGGACACGCUUUGACCUCCAGGGAUACUGGUUGGUCCUCUACAACGGUAAAAAUAGCCGGGCCUACCGGGUGUUGGACCUGUCUGGAUACCACACAGAUGAGCUGGGUUACUUCUUGGUGGGGAGCAGCACCAUGAGCCCAGCACCCAUGAUCAGGCUGCCCCCCAACACCAUCCAGAACGGGGCGGACGCUGUGGCUCUCUACUACGGCAACAGCACCCUCUAUGCGGUGAACAUGGCUGUGACUGCAGAGGGGCUGGUGGACGCUGUGGUGUACACAUCCCGAAUGCCGGAGAAGGCAGACCAGCUGGUCAAAGUGCUGGUACCAGGGCAGAGCAUCCUGUACGAAAAUGAUUCUCACAGCACCGAGGAUGAGUCUCUGAGCCGCUGCCACAGCCUGAGCACAAAACUCCAGAGCAGCUUCCAGGUGACCAUGGUGACACCACUGGGGGAGAACUUCUGCAGCAGCUCCUCGGCACCGGUUCCUCCUGCCGUCCGCAUCAGCGAGCUGUGCCUGGCCGGCGGCACUACCCCCUACCGCUUUGUUGAGCUGGAGGGGAAGCCUGGCACCAGCCUCAGAGGGCUCAGCCUGGUCUUCUUCUUGGGGAAGGAGGGCAAGGCACGUGCCAGCAUCCCACUGAGGGGCACUGUCGGAGCCACGGGGCUGUUCGUGUUUGCGCUGGAUGGACGGCACGGGCAUGAUGGGACAAACCUGACUUUCAAGGACAUCUCUGCUGCUAGUGAAGGCUCCAGCACUAUUGCUGUGUACAGCACCAGCUUGAUUCCUGAUGGCACGAAGGCAACAUCAGAGAACUUGGUGGAUGCCUUGGUUUACACAUGUGAGCCCAGCACAGCUGGAGGACACUUGGACUUCCUUGGACCAUCUUACGCUGUGCCCUGCAAGGAUGACAGGGACAGGCCCGUGUCCCUGAGCCGUUGCGCCCACGGCAGUGCCAGCGCAGAACUGCAGUUUGCCGUCUCAGACCCUACCCCUGGUCUGCAGAACAGCUGUCCCCAGGACGCCUUCGCAGUGGAUCUCCACCUCUGCUUCCUGACACCCAACUGUUCCACGUGGACCCUGCACCACAGGAGGAUGCUGGAAAGCUUGGGAAGGGUUUUGGUGAGCUCCCUAGAGCAGAACUGCUCCUGCGGCGUCUCUGAGCUCUACCUGCAAGAGCUGAACCUGACGUGCGUGGGCUCCCUGGUGAAGAUCUGGGGCCAGGUGUGGGCUCGGCAGCCGGAGCAGCAGCAGUCCAUCGAGACCUGGCGCCAGGGCUUCCUGGCCAGCCCCCACCCCAUCUCCGUGGAUGGGAGAGUGUUGAAAACCAGUUCUGAGUGCAUCACCCCAAAAAAUGCACUGUCUGUGUUGCACAGCGGUGCUUCCUUCCAGGGCUGGGAAAUCGCCCUGUUUGUCAUGGGAUCUCUCCUGCUCGUGUUCUUGUUGAUCGGCCUGGCAUUUUACUUCAUCAAAAGACAUCCCCAAAAUUACACCAACAUCGAAAUGAAUGACCGCGGGGAGAUUGCAGCAGACUUCUAAUGCUCCCGGGCACAGCUGCAGCGGCAGGGUCUAACAGCACUGGGGCCAGGCAUGUGUCUCUGUGGGGGGCAGACUGGUUGUCCAGCUCCCCCAUCCACCGGGGUUGCUGCAAGGACCUGCAAAAUGCCCAGGUGUAUAUAUACAUAUAUAUAUAUAUGUGUGUGUAUACAACUCUGUGUGUGUGUAUGUAUGUAUGUAUGUGUGUGUGUAUACAAAUACCUGAAUUAUUUUUACACUUCUAAAUUUUGACCUCAGACUCAAGGAGUUCAAAGAAACAGACUGGGGACGACUUCUGCUAGGCACAGUUUGUGCUAAGUAUGAUGACUAGAAAGAAAGAAGCCUGCUUGGCUGAUGCAGAGGAAGGACAUGCUCUGUCUCCUCUCGAGAUCCACUGCUGGGUGAUGAACCAAGGCCACCCCCCAGCAGACCUUUCCACCCAGCAGGCAAGUCCAGUUUCUAGUCCCUCUGGACUCCACUGCUGCAGUGAAAGUACAUCAGCCCCACUCGAGCCCUUCUCGUCCGGGCAAGGGGGUUCUCAGCAUCGUGCCCCUCUCUGCUUGAGCAGCUCUGUACCACCAGCAGCCUGCACUAGGGAGAGCCCUCGCUGCUGGGGACCACAACCAGGAGGCAGUCCUGCCCAGAAAAAGGGGUUAGAGGAGAGGCGAAUACCCAGCUCAUGCCCAGCUGCAACUCUUACUUGUUUGGUCCUGCCCGUAUCCUGGCCAGACAGUGGGCAGGAGCAGUGCCAGACUCCAGAUCUGCUGAGAAUUUGGAGUGAGGA